AUGGAAGAUGUUUCGGCUGCUGAUGUAAGGAGUGGCGCCAAAGAUAUUCAAGGAAUGAAAUGGCGUACGAAAACUAUCGGGGAGAAAGUUAGGCAAAGAAUACUACAAUACCACAUGAGGAACUGUAGAGAAAAUGUUCCUCAAUCAGAUAAGGAGCACAAAACCAUUAAGAAAGAUUGUGUAUACAGUUUCAGAUGGUAUGCAAGAUCCAUUAGUCCAUCGUUCUCCAACUUCCUGCUGAGGAAUAUGGUCUGGGCAACGUCUAAGAACGAUGUGUACCUCAUGUCUAAUUUUUCUGCCGUGCAUUGGUCAUCAUUGACCUGCACGAAAACAGAGAUUCUCGACUUCUCAGGGCAUAUAGUACCAAUCGAGAAACAUCCUAACAGCUCUCCAGAGGGAUUAACUGCAACCGUAGUAAGCAUACUCGCGGUAAAAGAUAAGUUGCUUCUUGCCGGUGGAUAUCAAGGAGAACUAAUAGUCAAGUAUUUGGAUAAACCUGGAGUUAGCUUUUGUGCUCGGCCAACAUAUGAUGCCAAAACCACUUGUAUCGAGAUUAACAACAGUGCCAGUGGUGCACUUCAUUUUAUUGCUUCAUACGAUGAUUCUGUAGUUAGGGAAUUUGAUAUGGAAACGUUUCAACUGUCCAACUAUUUCCAUUUUAACAGGCCAGUUUAUCAUACAUCACUCAGCCCUGAUGGCAGGCUUCUCGUAGUAGUUGGGGCUGAUCCCGUAGGAAUGUUGGUUGAUGCCAGGAAUGGAAUGGCUGUUUCUUCUUAA